GCAGCUAGCGGCGUCCGGAGCUGCAGUGGUGCCGGGUCCGAGCGCACAGCGCGGGCCGGCGGCGGGGGUCCAGGCCGGGUUGGGGACCCGGGGACCCGGGAUGGCGCUGCGGAGAGGCGGCGGCGGGGCGCUGGGACUGCUGCUGCUGGGCGCCGCGUGCCUGAUCCCGCCGAGCGCGCAGGUGAGGCGGCUGGCGCGCUGCCCCGCCACUUGCAGCUGUACCAAGGAGUCCAUCAUCUGCGUGGGCUCCUCCUGGGUGCCCAGGAUCGUGCCGGGCGACAUCAGCUCCCUGAGCCUAGUAAAUGGAACGUUUUCGGAAAUCAAGGACCGAAUGUUUUCCCACCUGCCUUCCCUGCAGCUGCUAUUGCUGAAUUCUAACUCAUUCACAGUGAUCCGGGAUGAUGCUUUCGCUGGUCUUUUUCACCUUGAAUACCUGUUCAUUGAAGGGAACAAAAUAGAAACCAUUUCAAGAAAUGCCUUCCGGGGCCUCCGUGACCUGACUCACCUUUCGUUGGCCAAUAACCACAUUAAAGCACUCCCAAGGGAUGUCUUCAGUGAUCUAGAUUCUCUGAUUGAACUAGACUUAAGGGGUAAUAAAUUUGAAUGUGACUGCAAAGCCAAGUGGUUGUAUUUGUGGCUAAAGAUGACAAAUUCUACUGUGUCGGAUGUGCUAUGUGUCGGUCCUCCAGAAUACCAGGAGAAGAAGCUCAAUGAUGUGACCAGCUUUGACUAUGAGUGCACCACCACAGAUUUCGUCGUUCAUCAGACUCUGCCGUACCAGUCGGUGUCCGUGGACACAUUCAACUCCAAGAACGAUGUGUACGUGGCCAUUGCCCAGCCCAGCAUGGAGAACUGCAUGGUGUUGGAGUGGGACCACAUUGAAAUGAAUUUCCGGAGCUAUGACAAUAUCACAGGCCAGUCCAUCGUGGGCUGCAAGGCCAUCCUCAUUGAUGACCAGGUCUUCGUGGUGGUGGCCCAGCUCUUCGGUGGCUCUCACAUUUACAAAUACGAUGAGAGCUGGACCAAGUUUGUCAAAUUCCAGGACAUAGAAGUCUCUCGGAUUUCCAAGCCCAAUGACAUUGAGCUGUUUCAGAUCGAAGACGAGAUGUUCUUCAUCAUUGCUGACAGCUCCAAAGCUGGGCUGUCCACAGUUUAUAAAUGGAAUAGCAAAGGAUUCUACUCCUAUCAAUCUCUGCAUGAGUGGUUCAGGGACACAGAUGCGGAGUUUGUUGAUAUUGACGGGAAGUCACACCUCAUCCUGUCUAGCCGCUCCCAGGUCCCCAUCAUCCUGCAGUGGAAUAAAAGCUCGAAGAAAUUUGUCCCCCAUGGUGACAUCCCCAACAUGGAGGAUGUGCUGGCUGUGAAGAGCUUCCGCGUGCAGAACAGCCUGUACCUUUCUCUCACCCGCUUCAUCGGGGACUCUCGGGUCAUGCGAUGGAAUAGUAAGCAGUUUGUGGAGGUCCAGGCACUUCCAUCCCGGGGGGCCAUGACCUUACAGCCCUUCUCCUUCAAAGAUAAUCACUACCUGGCUCUGGGGAGUGACUACACAUUCUCACAGAUUUACCAGUGGGAUAAAGAGAAACAGCAGUUUAAAAAGUUUAAGGAAAUCUAUGUGCAGGCUCCGCGGUCAUUCACAGCGGUAUCCACCGACAGGAGAGAUUUCUUUUUCGCAUCCAGUUUCAAAGGGAAAACAAAGAUUUUUGAACAUAUCAUUGUUGAUCUAAGUUUGUGAAGGUGUGAUGGGGAAAUUUCAAAGAUGUGUAGUGUUAGUUCUCACAAGAGAGAGGACUGAGAACUGAAAUUUUUUAAAAAGUCAUCAAAUAAGCCAGGCUUAGUGCUCCGAAAUUAAAAUUUAUAGUGCACUGGGGAAAUAGUUAGAAGUUUUCAAACUUUUAGGAUUCACAUUUUAACCAGGGAUUACAUUUUUUGGCUGACUGCAUGACAGGUCCAUGCCACCAUUUAAAAAGACAUCUUAAAGCCUGUAAUUUCUGGAAAAGAGCACAGCACUUAUUCUUACCAUCUAGAAAGUAAUGUGCUUUUACUUUCUUUUUAAUGAGGAAGGAGAGAAUGGAGCAAGAUGAGCCAGCUCUUUUAAUGAAAUUAAAAGACAAAAACAAAAGGCCCCCACUUACCCCAGUAAACCUACGGACUUUUCUCACUCCAUUUUAGUAAUCUUUUUGGUAAGAACUGUUGAAGCCAAAGUGUGCUGAAAAGAUUUUCUGAUGAUUUGUCUGAAAAUCUUAAAACACUCAGCAAUGCUAUUUUGAGCCAUCCUAGUUUCCUGAAAGUCAUGUCCAGCUUUCCAGAAUCUUCCUUCAAGCAGAACCUUGGCUCUCAUAUGGAUGGGGCCCCUUCAUGAGUGUGUUCACAGCUUAAUGUUUGACAUCGCUUCCUCUGCCAUAGAGAAAGUAUUCUGGUGAAUAUUAGAACACAUGUCUAGGCCAGCAUGGGCUGUAGACCUGGUAGCAAGAUAAAGAAAUUUCUUUCUAUUCUUUGUUCAAAGGUGGCCCUCACAGUGGCUGGAGCAAUCACAGUUGUUUGAUGUGCUCUGUGGCUCACUUGCUUCUUCUAAUCCAUCCUUUGAGUUUGUGGGUAACCAGCAGAUAGGUCAAAGGCUGAAUAGUGCUUUCAUCUGUCAUUCAGAGGGAUGGAACAGGUGUUUCCAUCUGAUGCGCAUUGGGUAAGGUUUUUGAAAUGAGAUUUUAUGGAGUCAGAGGGGAUUUUACUCAGAUCAUGAUAUGCUUUGAAACCCAGAGGGGGUCCUUUGAUUGAUGCAUGUCUUUGCCCUCUGGACAACUUAAUAUUUCAAGUAAUUGAACAGUGGCAACCUGCCUACCUGCCCACCUGCCUACCUCCCUCCUAAAAGUCUUCUGCUGAGUUGCAGGUAUUGCUGUGGCUGGCUCAUGCAGCCCUCACUGAAGUUUCUGCAUGGAAAAAAAAUUCCAGCCUGGAUGCUUGAGGCAGGGGAACACCUUCGCUCAGCACAUUAGCAAAGGGAAAUGUGGCCAUGCAUCAGUUGCGGGGCAUCCAGCAAAGCAUCAGGAGAGGCCAGCUGGAGCCAGAUGAACUUAAUCCCGUAGACCAGGUCUGUGCUCGGUUCCAGGUGGCCUGUUACAAAAUGAACCUCCAGUGGGGGAUAGUAGGGAACCUCUUGGGGUCUGGUUUUGUGGAUGAUUCCAGAGUGGAUGUUCUACCUGGGUAAUGGUUCUCGGGAAAAUGUUAAGCGAAUGUUUUAGGAGGAACUUUUGCAGAGUAACCCAGUAUAUUUCAUCUAGCCACAAAGGUAGUGUGAUCCCACUGUGGUGCGAUGUUGACUUUUAAUGGCCAUUGUCACAAUGUAAGUAGCUAGAGAGCAUGUCAGAAAUGUGGGUGCACGUGUGGUUUCCUGACUAUAAGCAGCGGGGUCUGAGCAAUACACCACACUGGAGAGGGUUGUGUUGACUCUGACUCAUACUUGAUAGUGUGUUUGUUGAAAUUUUUAUGCUAAAUGCCAAGUAAACUGACAGAGGUCUGUGUUCAUUCUU